AUGCAUCGCUCGCAACACAUUGAGCUUGCCCAAGGCAGCGAUGCCGACUCGGUUUCAGACGACGAUACGACAGCCGCUCUGUUUGAUGCAUUUGUGCCGCUGGAGAAAGCACCUGCUCACAAUGGCGCUGUAAAGGUGGUUACGCUUCGGGCUAUCCUGCUGGGCAGUCUCUGUGGCGCAUUAGUCAACGCUUCCAACAUCUACCUUGGCCUCAGGGCAGGAUGGACGUCGUCGGCGAAUAUGAUUGGUGCCAUGGUCGGCUUUGCGGUCCUGAAGAGAUACGCAGCCGGGUCGACACAGCCCUUUGGCCCUCAUGAAAACAACAUAGUGCAGACCGUUGCCACGGCCUCCGGGGGCAUGUCGAAUGUCUUCAUUUCCGGCAUUCCGGCCCUGUACCAGCUCGGGCUGCUGCGUACGCCGGUGCAGGAUUUCUUCCGCAUCGUGUCGCUCGUCGCCGUCGGCGGAUACUUUGGUCUCCUCUCCGUGGCCCCGCGUGAGCAUUCCAUUCUCAGAGCCCGCCUCCAGACGAGCAUCCAAUUUCUCCAUCUUUUUGCUAACUGGCCCGGUAACCCAGUGCGCAAGCUCUUUAUCGAGGAUGUGGCCCGAGACCUUGAUCUCGUUUUCCCCUCCUCCAUGGCCACGGCUAUGAGCAUUCAUAGCAUGCACUCGGCCGCUGAUGGAGAAGAGGCAGCCCGUCCCAAGUUGAAAGCAACCAUCUAUGCUUUUGGGGCGGCCAUGGUGCUCAGGGUCAUCUCCCAGUACGCGCCGGGCCUUCUCUGGGAGUGGCAUGUGUUUACCUGGCUCGCGAACGCAAACAUUUUCCGCAGUCUGGCCAUUGCUGCAGAGAGCUGGGGAUGGCUUAUAGAGCUGUCUCCAGCGAUGAUGGGCUCAGGCAUGUUGGUUGACUUCAAAGUAGCCUGCUCGUUCUUUGCCGGGUCUGUUCUGGCAUGGGGGCUCCUAGGACCGUAUCUUGUGGAACAUGGCAUUGCCUUUGGGCAGCCGGUCUCUACCAGUGAGGAGGGAUGGGCAGGCCUAAUAUCGUACAAAUCCAUGUCAGACGACUUUGCAAGUGUGAGCCACCCAAGUCCCAGGUACUGGUUGCUAUGGCCUGGCGUGAUUUGCACACUUGCGGUUGCCUUCGCCGAAAGAGGAAUUCUUGCCGGUCUUGACCUCAUGCUGACCAAGGACAUUGGAAACAGAGCUAUGUUGUCAAUGGCGUCUGUUUUGGAAUCUCGCACUGAUCUCUUCCAAAGCAGCCAGCGCGAGGCUCAUGGGACUGCUUAUGAGAUACAGGCGGAGGUCUACGACAUUUUGGCAGACCAAGACAUCCAAGCCACGGUCGAAAAUGACAAAGAAGCAGCGAAAAGGGGACCGGGAGAGGAAGACAUUGCCACGUGGAUGUGGGCGCCCGGUGCCUGCGUACUCGUCAUCCUAGCCGUCCUGCUCACAUAUUGGCAGUUUGACAUGCCGCUCCUUGAGUCUGUACUCGCCCUCGUCUUGUCGUUUGGCAUGUCGCUCGUUGCCAUUCAAGCGACGGGUGCAACGGAUACGACCCCAAUCAACUCCAUCUCCAAGGUUUCACAAGCCGUCCUGAGCGGCGUUACACAAGCGACGGGCGGAAGCAUAAUCGAUGCCCAGCGCCUGAACCUGCUCGGCGCCAGCCUCACGAACAUAGGGGCCAACCAGGGUGUCGACCUCAUAGGCGACUUUCGGGUCGGCUUUCUCCUGCGCACCCCGCCACGCCUGCAGUACGCCGCCCAACUCAUUGGGACACUGGUCGCGACGCUUGUGGCGCCGUCCGUCUUCGUCCUCUUCGCCACAGCGUACCCGUGCAUCAUCGCCAGCCCAUCGUCAGAAGGCGAGACGGGCGCACGAGCGUGCGAGUUCCCGGGGCCCGCGAUCGCGGCUUGGCGAGCCGUCGCCGUCUCCGCCAGCGCGCCGACGCCGCCGGUGCCUCCCUCAAGCGCCCGUUUCUCGGCCGGCCUCGCCGUUGUAUCGGUUCUCCUGGUCGUGGCGAGGCGCUUCGUGGUCGUCGGCGCGUGGCGGGGGGGCCAGCGCUUCAUGCCCAACAUGAUGAUCUUCGCCCUGGCAUUUACGCUGCCGUCCCCGCAGACGAGCGUGUCCAUGAUGCUGGGUGCCGUUGCUGCCAAGGUGUGGCGGUGGAAGGGCCCCGUAGGUUUUGAGAGGAAUUUGUUCGCUGUUGCGGCCGGGCUGGUGGCCGGUGAAGGCAUUGGGGGAACGGUCAAUUGCGUCUUGUCGAUUCUGGGCGUCGGGGGCCAGCGAUGGUCACUCGGUCUUGGGUGUCCCGCGGGCCGAUGUUAG